AUGUCUCUCGAACUGCAGUUCAAGCAUCCCAGCCUGCCGUACUGGUUGCCUGUGAAUCACCCUCUUCUUCCUUCUUGUCUCCACGUCUCUCAGCCUGUCCCUUCUUCCAGCGCGUUAGACGGAAAAUGCCGGGGAGCUCUCUUGGAGUCUUUCCGGUUCUCUGGGACGGCGACCCAAGCAGAUGCUGGAGAACAAGGACUGCACACGCGUCUAUCCGAUCCAGGUCAAGCGCAAAAGGAAGGCGGCUUUGUGGGCGAGCAAGAGUCAAAGGCCCGGCUGAAGUGGGCAAGCGCGAGGAGCCGAUGUGCGUGCUCUCUCGUGCCUCCCCAGGAGACUCUUCAGUCGCCGGACAUCGACCUCCUUCGCCUCGGCCCAAGUCAGCAGAUUGUCUUUGGUAGGAAGCCAGGACUGGACUCGUCGCCUGUCUCGUCUUUGUCGUCCACCUCUAUCCCGUCACUUUCCUCGUCUCCUGACUUAUCUUCCUUCGCUGCUUUCCGCUUCGCUGCGGAUCCGCUUUACCGCACCGGCAAUCUUCUGGCGAAGCCGGGCGAUGUGUCUCGGCCCAGGGCCAAGUUGAGGCGUUCAGCCGCCAGCCAGGGGUCUCCUGUGUCUUUUUCUGAAGCAGAAAACUUUUUCGGUUCUCAGCCAUCGGACAGGGCGGAAUCUUCGCUCCCCCCGCUCUCUUCUGGUCGACGCUCUGAGUGGCCAAAUCCCUGCUCGAGGCCCUCUACGCAGCCUUCCGACUGUGAGCGAUCGCCGCUGCCGUGUGAGCCGUGCCCCGCCAAAGGUAGAAAGGUGCCGAUCCACGACGAUCCAACGGACGAGGGGAAGGCGCUUCUCUCUGGUCGUUCUCGUCCACCGAGACACAGCGAAGACGUUCUUUCCUGCUGGCGGCGCUCCUCUGGCUCCUCAGCUUCCCCGUAUUCGGAAGCGAGAGAACGAGUGAGUCCUGCGCUCCGAAAAGACGGAACGCGAGAGAGGCCAGCUUCAUUGUGCCCAGUACAGACCGUCUACCUGCCGAGCCUCGACCCAUUGCUGUCUCGGCAGCACUUUUGUGUGACACGCAUCGCCUCUGGCGCUUCUGAAGGCAAUCCCAAAUUGUGCGAGGCGGGCGAGAGCUCAGAAACACAGUUCCCACGCUUCGUUCUCACCAGCAAGGCCGCCGCGCGAGAAGCCACGUGCCGAGAAGGAAAGAGAGAAGAUCUGGACCCGCGCGCCGCCGCCAUCAACAAGACAUUUGAGCAAGGCCUCCAAGGUCUCGUUCUUGUCAACUCCUCUUCGGCCCUCUCCGCUCCUCUCGAUCUGCGGUCCCGUCUCGGCCUCUUGGCUCCGACUGUACGCGCUGCUGUCGAGGCGGCGAUCGACGCGUCUGAAGCCUCGGAGCAGCAUGCAGAGAGUCGCUUUUUCUCGCCGUGUGGUCGCGGCCUUCCUCCCGGCGGCACGGCGCAUGCUCGCUCUCUGGACGGUCGAGACAGAUCUGCAACGGCGCCAGGAAGCAACAACGACCCGUCACGGGCGCCUCGGUGUACGUACACCCACUUCGUUUACCAGCCGCAUUUUCUGCAGGAUGGCGACCAGAUCUACAUUCCAGUCGAUGACGCGUUCCUAAAGAAACCGUGCAAGGCAGACACCUUGGGCUCGGCGAAGAAAGAAAACUGCCAAAGACUGUCCAACGCGUCGACGGGAACAGAGCACGAUCCGGACAGGCCGCACGGUUUGUCUCGGCACGCGGCCAGUGGUCCCCGAUCUUCCACCCUGGAAAUGCCAUCGACCAGUGUCUGCCGUUCCUGCGGAGAGGCAACGCCCCUGUUUUGCUUUCGAUACGUUUUCCACGCCGCAGCGCACCCUUCUGCGGAUUCUUCGCGGCCUAUGUUGUCUGAAGCCUCGUCUCUCUCUUCCGCGGCUUCUUCACUCGUCGCUUCCUCGCCUCCAUCUGGCCCUGCCUCAACGGCCUCACCCUCCGCCUCCCUGCCUGUCUCUGUCGAAUCGUCCUUUUUCUCUUUUUUCGAGUCUCACGCUUCGUCCUCGCCACUGUCUUCUUCUGCGGCCGCGCCGACACGCUCCUCCGCGUCCCUCCCUUCUACCGUCUCUGCUGUUGAGACUCAUCCGCUCCCGGGCUCUUCGUCUCCACCGUGUGGCGCGUCUUCUUUGUCCUCGCCAUCGCCGCAUCCUGCGCGCUUCGGGUCUUCUAUUGCUGGCAAGCUGGGAUGGUCCUCUGCUGACAGUCACGACCGAAGCGCACCGCGUUGGAGACACAAAGAGCAUGAGUGCGCAUGCGACCGGACAGUGUCGAGGGAAACUCUUGGCACCCGGCACGCGGCCGACGGGCCCUCUUUCUCGGAGUCCCGACCACUGCCUGAGGCUCCACUUGCCGGGGCGAAGGCCGCGUCCGCGGUGGGAGACUCGUUUCGUGCGGGCCUCACGGAUCGAACGGCCGAGGGAGACGGCCGAAAGUCGGACGGAGACGACCAAGAGAUCAAGAGCGGCUCGGCCUGCGCGCGAGCAAGGAGCUGGAGAGAAACGAUCGGAGUGGGAGGGGAGACAGAGAGCUCGGACGGGUCACAAGAAACAGUGGAGCAAGACAGCCGGGAAGACGAAGCGAACAGCGAGGAACGGGCGGCCGCCCGCGAGGGGUUCCAAGGAGAAGCGGAGAUCACUGGACGCCGCGCCAGUGUGGACAGGAACGAGGCGGAGCUCGCACCCCCCCAGCUGCAGCGCACGAGGGGACGAGGAGACAGUGACGACGUGCGGUUCCGCCUUUGGUGGAGGAGCGAGAAACUAGAGAGACCCUCAAGAGGCGAUGGAAGUGAGGAGAUCGCUCAAGCGCUGCCCGACUCGCCGGGCGCCGCUUCUGGGAGCUAUGGACAGGACCAACUCGCCGGAGGUCGACGUGGUGGCGCGCAUCUGUGGCGCGAAGACGUCGGUUUCCACGGAAAACGUGAACGUUUUCUAGAAACCGCGAAGCGAUCCGGAGAGCGAGAGGUGGACUGUUUCUCGCCUGAGGUUCCCCCGAGGGCUUCGGGGGUACACCGCGUUGAGAGCCAGACGAACGAUGCGGACUUGGAGGAACUGAAGGCGCUCUCGUUUGAACUCGGAGACGAAGGACAAGCUGUGGGGGAGGCGACUGGGGAGGCAAGUGGAGCUGAAGAACCUCGGUGUCACGCCCUGCAUGGAUCAGCCACGCGGCGAGACGGAGAGGCGAAGGGACGUCUUGGGUUGCCGUCGCGGGCCCGCGAAGCGGGGACGAAACCCAACGUCGAGGCGGCGUUCUUGUCGCCGCGAUGUGGGCUGGGGCGAAGUCCUCGGAGCGUCUCGCAGGACGAGCGGGCCUCAGCUCUCUUUCAGUCUUGCAGAGAAGAAGAAGCGGUGUCUGGUCCUCCCGCUGUGCCUCGGCCGCCGGAACGAGCCUCUCCCUCGAGGGUCUGCUCUUCCCCCGCGGGCUUCUCCCCACGGAUCACGAGAGCCGCAGCCGCUGGCGGGGCGGCGAGGCGGCCAGAAGGGCGACGCAGCGGGCGGGCUGAGGGAGACCCCGCAGACGGCGAGGGACGGCGAGUCGACAGCCGACACGGAGACGACCGAUCGGGCGGCUGGCGCGUGCCCAGCGCGGGAGAAAGGAGCGAUCGAGGAGCAACUGGAUCGGAAGGCGACCGCAAAGAGGAACAAAGGGGACGGGACUGGGAACGGCGGCGAGGGAGGACGUUGCCGAUCGAGCAGACGACCGACGAAAUCGACGACAUCCUCAACACGGAUUUCAACAACCCGGAGGAGGCCGAGGAGCAGCGGACUUCCCCGCCGGGUCCUUCCUCACGCGUUCGAACUCGCGCCUCGGCGUGGCGUCGCUCUCCAGUGUCCCCGCAGGCUGAAGUCUUGGAGUCGUCUUCCUCGUCUGGGCCCUCAGUCGGCCCACUCUCUGCGUCGCCUGGAACCGCCGUCGACUUCUCCCCGUGCCUGUCUGCUCGCCCCUCGGUUGUCGCUUCCGCAGCGGCGCUGUUCAGCUCACCGUCCGUCUCUUCCGCCGCGACAGACCCGAACGGCGCGGGCCUCUUUUGCUCAGCCGGGGACAUCUGCGCCAUUUGCACCGAGGAGCUUUUUCAGAAAGACGAGAUCGGCACUCUGGCGGCGUGCGCGCACCAGUUCUGUUUCACUUGCAUUUCGCGGUGGGGCGGCAUCCGGAACUACUGUCCUCUGUGCAAGCAGGAGUUCCGAGAGAUCUUGCGCCACCAUUUCGCCGUGUGCCCGCGCUGGGGCUCUUCUCCGCGGGGGUCCGAGAUUCCUGCGUCUGCUUCGCCGCGACGCAUCCAGCUCAUCCUGGACGAGACGGUGGCGGUCAGCCGGCGCGUGGCGGGGCGCCCCCUCGGGGACGACUCCGAAGCCGCGGUGGCCGAUUUGCUCGCCGAGGACCAGGCGAGCCGCGGGGCAUCGCUGCCGGCGCCGGGCGGCUGUCAGGUGUGCGGUCGCGACACCGACUGGGAGCAGCUGCUUCUUUGCGACGGCUGCGAGGACGGCUACCACUUGUACUGUCUCACGCCGCGGUUCUACGCAGUCCCCGAGGGGCCGUGGUACUGUCGUCAGUGCUGUGCGGUGUCGACGACUGCGGAGACGAGCACUCUGCAGACGAUUGCGCGCGAGCGCACGCGCCUGCUCUCUUCGGCUUCUCUCUCGUACUUUUUGAACGACGACGAGGGCGACGCACGCUCCCGACGCCGAAGCCAGCCUGGCAGCCGAUCCUCAGUUUCGCCCUCCGUCCCCGCGCUCUUUUCGUCCCCAAAUGCUGUCUCCUCGGGGCCCCGGCAACCGCUCUGCGCUGGCGACGUCCCGGCCGGCGGGGACGAGCUCGGCGUUUCGGAGGGCGGCGAGGCGAGAGUCGCCCGAGGCCAUCCGAUGUUCAGGGGCCGGCGCAGGGGCCGAGGCCUCACGGGCCGGGUGCGUGCCGUCUCCAGGAGCCCAACGGGGCUGUCUCGGUCGCCGAGCCCCGCAGGUUCCGAGCGCACGCCCGCGGUGUCUGCUCGCCUUCUCCACGGCGGCGCACCGCCCUUUGAGCGGUUCCGGACUCCAACGGAGACUCUGGCCAGCUACGAGCGACGCAGAGGCGCCCAAAUGGCCUUCCGGGACCAAGUCAUUCGCCUGCCUCCCGUCACCGAGAGUGCCUCGCAUGUUCCUCCCGCGGGCUCCGGCCGGGGCGAGUCGGACGAGACUGGCCGAAGUGGCGACGAGCACGAGUCCAGCGCGUUCCGCAGACGCCCAGGGCGCCGACGGUACUUGAUCAGUGUCUCCUCUUCUGACGAUGAGAGCGGCGGAUGGCGGCGGUGUCCCCCGCCCCUCGCCCAACCGGCCUCUGCAGGCGCGGUGUCUGCGCCGACGGCGGUAGGAGGCGCUGUCUCUGCGGCCGCGGCGCGGCAGUGGCUGGAAGGGCGCGCGCGCAGCCGUGGAGCCCGGAGACCCACGCGGUCAGACUCGGAAGAGAGCGAUUUGGAAGGCUUUGUGGUGAAGGACGACGAGGUCGUCUACAGCAGCGGGGAGAGCGUGUCCGAGGCGGAGACGAGCUGCAGCGACAGAUCGUCCCUGAGCGACCGCGAGGAGCGUGAGGAGUCGCCGAGGCCUCGUGGACAGUGCCUGAGGCAUGCGAAGCGUGAGCAGGGUUCUUCGCGCGUGCGCGCUGCAGGACAGAAUUCGAGGAGGGCCAGCGGACGCCCGGAGGAGGCUCGGCGCAAAAGGCCAGAGAAGUGGACGAGUGGGGAAGAAAGGAUGCACGGGAUCCGCGGACAACAGCUGGGCGACCCGUCCAGCGUGGCGGGAGAGAGGAGCGGGGGCUCUCGCAGCGCAGAGCCCGAGGAACCUCGAGCGUCGCAGUACUUUGUGGCAACGAGCAGGCGACGCGUGAGGUGCGAAGCAACUGACGGAGAGGACGGGAGCGUGGAGUCAAGAUGGUACACCAAGAGACGAAGGCCGGACCGGAGACGCGAAUAG